UUCAGUGUAUCCUCUUUGCCUGAUUCUCUGUGAUCCAUGUGACAGACUGCACAGGCCCUAUUGUUAUUUUGGAGUGUUGUGGAGUGAGAAUAAUAAGUGACAAUGGUUUCGAAGAAUCAAAAAGAUAUGAUUGAAUUCACAAAGAACGAGGACUCUGGCAAUUCAAUAGAAGAGCCCACGGAAGAAAUAGAAGACCUUUGGGAAAAACUGGGAAGACCUCGGAACAUCGUAGCCCCAAUGGUGGACGCGAGUGAGCUGGCUUGGCGACUCCUCUGUCGUCGUCACAACGCACAUCUCUGCUACACUCCCAUGUACCACGCUCAAGUUUUCUGUCGAGACACCAAAUAUAGGAACGAUGCACUCGCAAGCUCCCCCGAGGAUCGACCGCUCAUACUUCAAUUCUGUGGAAAUGAUCCCCUUACACUGUUGGAGGCGGCACAACUGGCCGAACCGUUUUGUGAUGCCAUUGACAUUAAUAUUGGAUGUCCCCAGGCAAUUGCGAAACGAGGACAUUACGGUGCCUUUUUACAGGACGACUGGGAACUCCUGAAGAAGAUAGUUAAAACCUUGAGUACAGAACUAAAAAUCCCCGUUACAUGUAAACUUCGAGUGUUCCCCGAGAUAGAGAAGACCGUGGCAUAUGCUAAGAUGUUGGAGGCAUCAGGAGCACGAUUAUUGACAGUUCAUGGAAGAACGAGAGAGCAGAAGGGUCCAAUGACAGGGUUGGCCUCUUGGGAGCACAUAAAAGCUGUUCGUGAUGCUGUGAAAAUCCCAGUAUUUGCAAAUGGCAAUAUCCAGUGCAUCCAAGACGCUGACAGAUGCAUUGCCGAAACUGGGGUACAAGGGGUGAUGUCAGCGGAGGGAAAUUUAUUCAAUCCCUUAAUUUUUGAGGGAGUCUAUCCCCCGAGUUGGGAACCAGCUGAAGACUACCUGAAUCUAGUGGAGAAAUAUCGAGCCCCACCUGCUUUCAUUCGCGGACACUUAUUCAAAUUAUUCCAGCAUACAUUAUGUUUACCAGAAAACACAGAAGAGAGAGCCAGUUUAGCCGGCAAUUCGAGUAUGGAAAGCUUUAAAUCUGUAGUUAGCAAAUUGAAGGAACGCUAUUUGCCUUAUCACGAGGGAAAAAUCGUGUGGGAGUCGAUGCAAGAAGACUACAAUUUAGUACUCCCUCCUUGGCUCUGUCAACCGUACGUUCGAGACACCCCCGAGGUUCACAUGAACAAAGUUGAAGCCAGAAGAAAAGAACUUGAAAGUAUAGGGGUGAAGCGGGACUAUCUGGAUGACGAGGGCAACAUCGUUUCCCGAAAGAAGAUGAAGAAGCUGAGGAGAAUGGCCAGGAAACCCCAUCGGGGCCCAACUGUUAGGAAGGGCUCAAACCUUUGCACAAGUUGCCCGAAUCCUGUGGGUACCAAGUGUGAGUACAAGAUGUGCCGUCAAUGCUGUAGAACUCAAUGCUUUAAUGACAACCUCGACUGUCUAGGCCACAGGAACCUCACGAAAACCCGGAGGAAAAUGGCAGUAGAGUUUCGAAUGCAACGAGGAGAAGAAUUUACCACAGAAAAAAUUAUCAAUAAGAGUGACUAACACCAAAUGUUGUGUAUUUUUUAAUAAAAUAAUAAUUAAAAUUAUUUUCGCAAAUAAUUUAUGGACUUAUUUGUCAUUGAUGAGUCAUCUUCGCCUUCAACUCAGACGACAAAGCCGCAGUAGCCAAUCACUUUUUCCAGUUGAGGCAUGAAAAACAUCUCUAUGAGGAGGAUUUAGGAGUAAUAAAUAACAGAAACAAAGAAAACGGAAAAAGAAUGAAUGUAAAGAAAUGGCAUUGUAACCAGAUAAUUUAUUCAAUCGUCAUCAUAACUUAACUAUAACAUGAUAAUUUAUGUACAUAGGGAUGAUGAACUGUACACAUUUAUUUUUACACAAUUAAAAAUCUAUUAAUCUACACUGAGGUUGGUGAAAACAGCCUCGUCGAGGUCUCAAACAAAUCUGCAAUUUUUCUACUAAAUUUCUGACUCGUCGUUUCGUCACUUGUUUCACUGGACCAGGAUUUCUUGCUGCACAGCAUCAUGAGCAUUAAAACUGGGAGGUGAAUUAAAGAGAAACGAAACAGCUUUCGGGAACUUGCGCUGUCUGAUUUCUUAUUGAAUUGCCAAGCUA